AUGGAAGAAUCCGACUUGAUCCGGGUCCUGCGCGAGGCCAAGCCUGCCUGGACGCAGCAGGACCUGGCAGCGGUUCAGCGCAAGCUGGCGAAGGUUGGCAUCCAGAGUCAGGAGGAGCUCUCAAGUUCUCUCAGCAACCUCAACGAGUUGCUGCAAAGUGCCGGGUUCCUGAAGUUCAGCCCCGAGACCUUGCAGGCGCUGAGGGAUCGGCUGCCAGCCAAUGAAGCGAGCCAGACGCCAAGCCGAUUCGACGUGCAGAAAGGUGCACACUAUCCACGAAACGGCUAUCCUGCCAGUGGAUUUGGGCACGCCAAAGUUGGCAAGGCUGGCUUCGGUGGGCCGAACCCAAACAGCAUCUUCAAGCACCAUGUGCAGCUCAGUGCCCCUUCGGCCGAGAACAUUUGGAAGGAUUGGAGAGUUGUGGGGACUCCCGUUCCGGAGCCCAUUGUUCCGAGAGCAUGCGUCAUGUCGAGCUACGCUGCAGAACUGGAGGAGCUGGACAACGAGGACGAUGAGGACGAGGAGGAGGAUGAGGAUUCGGAAGAAUGCCUCUCAGACGAUGAGUUGAUGAAGCUGUGCUUGGCCAAGAAAGUUCCAUUGCUCCAGCUGGAAAGCAACAGGCGUGCGCUACUUCUACUUCGGCAGCUAGACAGGCUUGACAAAAGCUCGGUUUCAACUUUGAAGAACGAAUACAAACGACGUGGCUUCGCCUUUGAUGCUUCAAUCCGCAAAGAGAGUCUGCUGGCCGCUAUGAAGGAAGUUGCAGUGUACGAGAACUUGAAGCUGGAGCACCUGCGGGCCGUCUGUCUGAAGCAGAAUCUUCCUGCAGACGACAGCAUGAGACGUCCAGGGCUCAUGCAGCUUCUGGCAGACCAAUCCUGGCACAGCCUUGGCAUUCCUGUGGAGCAGCUGCCUAGCCUGGUCGUUUCGCAUGGUGUUCUCGACUCCUUGGCCGCGCUGAACACAAAGAAUUUAGCAGAUCUCUGCUCGCAGUGCCACCGGCUGGGAGUGCCUGUUGAAACCAAGCCCGAGAAGCCUGAACUCGUGAGCCGACUCGGCAAGGCGAUGGUGUGGAAGCAGAUGGAUGACGCUGUUCUCAGGACGGAGUGCAGCAAGAGGGGUGCACCUUUGAAUGACAUCCCGGAACAGCUUCAGCAACCAGGAGUGAAACUGAUUGUCAACAACAGCUGCAAAGUGGGUCGCCAGAAGCUGGAAAGGCUGCUGCUUCAAUCGCUGUGGCUCGACAUCUGGAAGGCAGCUGGCAUCACGGUCCAGAGCCUGGGCAGUCACGAGGCAGCCGCCAGCCUCUUCGCUGAGGUGGAGCGCCUUCACAGCGAGGAUAUGCCUGCAAUCCAGGAGCGGUACAAGGCCUUGGACCUACCGAUGCAGCAGGUACAAGACCGGCGCUGGGUGCUCCAGCGGGUCUCUGAGUCCCUUUUCUGGGAGGCCUUGCCGCUGGCUGAGCUGCUCGAAGAGUGUGAGAUGCGCGCGCUGCCCAUCAGUCCCACGGAGCGUGAUGCCGACCGUGCUGCGGAAACGAAGCCCGUCUUGGUUCGACGGCUGGUGAAGGACUCCUGCAUACGCGCCUGGGUGAAAAUGGGAAUUCCUGUCGCUCGCCUGGGCGACGCACGCGCCGUCGCAAUGGUCGCUGAGGAGUGGCAGAGCCUGGACAACAUCAGCAGUGCUGACCUGAAAAUCAAGUGUGAGCUGCACGGAGUGCCUCCAGAUGCCUCAUUGGAGCGGCACGAUCUGCUUCAGCUGUUGAAGGAUGUCGCUGUUUGGGAGUCGAUGCCCGUGCAUGAGCUCAAGGCCGAGUUGGCCAAGGUCACAGGUCCAGGAGUCACACCACCUGCCCCUGAACGUAGUGACUGCUGGAAAGAGCAGAAUAGCCUGGUUGAGCAGCUGCUGCUGUUGAGGUGUGCGGACGCUUACGAGGCCAAGGGCAUCCCUGCUCGCCGCCUUGGCUCGCUGAAGGCCGCUGCCAAGCUCGCGCAGGAGCUGAAAGACCUGGAGUCUCAGGAUGCAGCGAGUUUGAAGGCCGACUGCCAAAGCCUUGGAUUGCCAGUGCAGCACCUGCGGCAGCAGGAGCUCCGUGAUUUGCAUCGGGAGCUGGCCUUGUGGCGGGCGCUGCCUUGUGGUGAGCUACGUUUGGAGUGCCGUGCACGGAACGUCCCCUGCCCCCAGCCGCAAGGUAUGGUGACCGAGCAGGAGUUGAAAGAGAUGCUGGUCGAUUCCCUUCUCGUGGAGAAGUGCGAGGCUUGGUACGAGCGUCGUGGUGUUCCGGUUCGGCGUUUGGGCUCGGUCACCGCAGCUGCUCGCUUGUCAGAGCGCUGGGAGCAGCUCGAUCAGCUUAGCGAAGGUGGACUUCUCUUCAAAGCGACGGCUUUCAGCAUCCAUGUCGAUAAGGACCUCAAGAGGUCGGAAGUCAUGGACAGGAUAAAGCAGGCAAUGUUGUGGAGCGAGCUGCCCCUCCGAGAACUCCAGAAGGUCUGCCGCGAACAUGGGGUCAACUCCGUCGCUCGCGAGAGUCAGAAGAAGGAGCUGGUGCAUCGUCUGGCCUCUGCUCUCUGGCCGCCACCGCCGCCGGAGCCACCCAAGCCGCCACCGACUUUCAACAAUUUCGGUCCCAGAGACUGGCAAAGGAACUACAAGAAACCCAUACCACCUCCAAGCGCAAAGAACAUCAAUCCCAAAACGCUUCUCCCUCACUUCAAGACCCUUGGCCUGGCUCCAAACUCAAGCUCUGCAGACGUGAAAAAGGCGUAUCGCAAGCUGGCGCUGAAGUACCACCCGGACUGCCUCAACAAAAUGCCAUACACCCUAAAAACGGCUUUGACAUCAGAUGAUAUUGCUGGUUGUUAUAAGCCGGGUUUUGAAGCACAAGGUCGAGGUCUGAGGGAACGGUUUCAGAGAAGGAUCUGGACAGGGUUUAGAUGCAGGCAGCACAAAGCAGAGGUUUCUAUGCAGUGCACAGCCUGGGGUAUGUUGUGA